CCCGACUCCGGCCGCCCCCCCUGCGCUGGGUGCAGCCGCCCGGGGCCAGCGGCGCGAGUCCAUAGCCGUGCUGGAGCUGGCCGGCAUCCUUGGGCCUGGGCCCUGAGAGAGGACCCCCUGACGGGAGUGGUGGAGUAAGAUAAGGCUGGGAUUACAGGCUUGCUUUGCUCCAAAGAUGUUCCCCCAAAACCGCCCCCCGGCUCAUCUCCAGGCACCUGCUGUGGCUUCGGCAGCUGCCGGCACGGUUUCCACAACCCCUCAGUCCCUGAAACUGACCUACCCGGAGACCUUGGACCGGAUCAAGGAAGAAUUCCAGUUCCUGCAAAACCAAUACCACAGCUUGAAGUUAGAAUGUGAAAAACUGGCAACAGAAAAAACAGAAAUCCAGCGACAUUAUGUCAUGUACUAUGAAAUGUCCUACGGCCUGAACAUCGAAAUGCACAAACAGAGGCUGCAUAGGAGUCUGGCAGCGUGUGCCUUUGCCGGCACAUCCCUUCCGCCUCACCCUCGACCCUGGUGGACUCGCGCCCCCCUGGCCCGGCCAGCUGUUGCACGGGUGUCUCUCUUGGGAGCUUUGUGCCAGACAGAGAUCGCCAAGCGGCUCAACGUCAUCUGUGCCCAGCUAAUCCCAUUCCUGUCCCAGGAGCAUCAGCAGCAAGUGGUCCAGGCAGUGGAACGAGCCAAGCAGGUGACUAUGGCAGAGUUGAACGCAGCAAUCGGGCAUCAGCUCCAGGCGCAGCACCUGUCCCAUCACGCUCCUCCCAUCCCGCUGACCUCUCACCCGUCCAGCAUGCAGCCCGCCAGCAUCGGUGCAGCCUCUGGGCUGCUGGCUCUGUCCGGGGCUCUGGGAGCUCAGGGCCAGCUCCUCCCGAAGGACGACAGGGGACUUCACGACAGCGAGCACAGAGAGCGAGACCUGGGUCCCAGCUCCCUGGCACUGCCUAAUGGGGAGCGGGUACGAGCCAUCUCGGAGUACCUGAGCAACAGCAAGAAGAGGAAGGCCGAGGAGAAGGACUUCGUCACGGACUACGGCAGCGAUGCGGACAAGAGCGAGGACAACCUGGUGGUGGAUGAGGACCCCUCUUCCCCGCACAGCGUCCACUCGUACUCCUCCCGUGAGAACGGGGUGGACAAGGUCCCGUUGCAGCGGAAAGAGGCUGUGCCACUCAGUCCUACCUCCAUGGCCUCGUCCAGCAGCACCUCCCCAUCCCGGAGCAAGGACGAGCCCACGGUGGAGAAAGCCGCCACUCCCGGUUUGAAGUCCAGCACCCCGACUUCCCAAGGAGACGCCACGGUGCCAGGCUCCAGCAGCAGCAGCGCCACCCAGCAGUUCCGCUCGGGGGCAGCAAAGCCCUCGGUGGAUUCGUUAGCUCUGGGCCUGAGGAACCCGCUGGCCAUGCAGAGCUCCUACCCGGCUGCCUUCGGCAUGGCGCACCCCUCCGUCAACGGCGACAUGGCCGGGGCUGGGGCCUACGCAGGGCUGCACCUGGUGUCCUCUCAGCUCAACGGGGCAGCAGCAGCUGUGGGAGCCGCUGGCUACGGCCGCUCCCCUCUAGUCGGCUACGACCCGCACUGCCACAUGCGUGUCUCGGGGCUGUCGGCCAGCUUGCAAGCGGGGACCUCAGGCAAACCCGCCUACUCCUUCCACGUGAGCGCCGACGGGCAGAUGCAGCCGGUCCCCUUCCCUCCCGACGCCCUCAUCGGCACCAGCAUCCCCCGGCACGCCCGCCAGCUCCACACCCUGACCCACGGCGAGGUGGUCUGCGCCGUCACCAUCAGCAACUCCACCCGGCACGUCUACACGGGGGGCAAGGGGUGCGUGAAGGUGUGGGACGUAGGGCAGCCUGGGACCAAGACAGCUGUGGCGCAGCUGGACUGCCUGAACCGCGACAACUACAUCCGCUCCUGCAAGCUCCUCCCGGACGGGCGCAGCCUCAUUGUGGGCGGGGAGGCCAGCACCUUGUCCAUCUGGGACCUGGCUGCGCCCACCCCCCGCAUCAAGGCGGAGCUGACCUCCUCGGCGCCCGCCUGCUAUGCCCUGGCCAUCAGCCCCGACGCCAAGGUCUGCUUCUCCUGCUGCAGCGACGGCAACAUCGUGGUGUGGGACCUGCAGAACCAGACUCUGGUCAGGCAGUUCCAGGGCCACACGGACGGCGCCAGCUGCAUCGAUAUCUCUAAUGACGGUACCAAGCUGUGGACCGGGGGGCUGGAUAACACGGUGCGGUGCUGGGACUUGCGGGAGGGGCGCCAGCUGCAGCAGCACGAUUUCAGCUCCCAGAUCUUCUCGCUGGGUUACUGUCCCUCGGGGGAGUGGCUGGCUGUCGGCAUGGAGAGCAGCAACGUGGAGAUCCUGCAUGUGGCCAAGCCGGACAAGUACCAGCUCCACCUCCAUGAGAGUUGUGUCCUCUCCCUCAAAUUCGCUUCCUGCGGUAAAUGGUUCGUGAGCACAGGGAAGGACAAUCUGCUGAACGCCUGGAGGACGCCCUAUGGAGCCAGCAUCUUCCAGUCGAAGGAAUCCUCCUCGGUCCUGAGCUGCGACAUCUCCACCGACGACCAGUUUAUUGUGACCGGCUCGGGAGACAAGAAGGCCACGGUUUAUGAAGUCAUUUACUGAAAGGUGGCUGGACGUGGGGGAACAGGCCGGGCGUCCGUGCCAGCCCGCCCCCUCUGCCCCAUGGACAAACAUCCACAGCAGUGACUUUCCAAAGAACCCCUGGAAGGGAGUGUGUGUGUGGGGGGGUGCGUCGUCGAAGCUGGAGAGAAGAGCAAAGUGGGGGACCCUUGGAGUUCCAGCCAGCGCCCCUUACGGUGAGGAAACCAUCGCUCUCGGCCCGAAGGGACAGUGUCUGCCUAGAUCUAACUUCCUGGGCGUUCUUAUUCUUUUGGGUUUUUGAUCUGAACACUGGGGGACUUUUUCUUUUUUUUUUUCCUUUUCCCUCCUCUUUUUAAUGCUCCAGGCUGAGCUGGGAAGGAGGCGGCCACUCCACCCCUGGCUGUCUGGCUUCUAGGUUGUAUUUAAUAAAAAAAACCAAACACCUGAACAAUCCCCCAUGAGAGCGGUGAGCCCCGGGAGUCCAUAAGGAGCUGCAGCCCACAGCGCAGUGGAGCUCCGAAACAAUCCUGAGUGAGGGCUGGCAAACCAGAACAGCUCCUGGGUAGCCCCUAGCAGGUCCUAGUGGAGCGGGGGUGAUGGGGUAUUGAGAGAUCCUUCCUCUGCCACCUCGCAGCAGGGAUAAUGGCAGUG